AUGUCGGCUGCAGAGGAUCUCGGUGCGGCGGCCCCGGCCGUCGCGGGCGAUGAUGCCACGGUGCUGCAAGACCAACAGCGAGAGCUGCUUCGGCAGAGGCUCGCGGAUCGCCAGCGAGAACUGGAGGCGAAAAGACAGAAACUCCUUCUCCUCCAGCAGGAACAAAAUGCCGCGAGCGGCCUGGCUGGUGACUUCAUGGGCUCGAGCGAGGUUGGCAAGAACGUAGCGUCGCUGAUGGGCGAAGUGAUGAGCAGCUUGCAAAACCUGCCUAAGCCCGCAGCGACAGCCGCCUCUGCGACCGCGGUCGGAGGUGAUAAAGCCGGGGCGCCAGGGACAAAGACUGCUGCGGGAGGGCGAGCCGCCGCGCUGGUGGCGAAGAAGCACCGGCCGGCUGUCGGCGCGCGCGGCGAGCGAGAAGGGACGAGCGUCGCCUUCAAAGUUCAGCGCGCACAGAACGUCGAGACGACGAUAAAGGCGAAGACCGUGGAGACAUUUGAGAAGUCCGUGCAAGCGGAGAUUGUGAUUGAGGACGACAAGGAGCAACCAACAGCAGAAGGGAAAGAGGUACAUGAAGUUGCACAUGACGCAGGGAUGCAGGCCACCAAGGAACCAGAAACCGCCGCUGCGAAGGAGAAAGAGAAGAAGGAGGAAGAGUCUCCUGCCGUCGUCGCGAAGACGGUUUCUGAGGAGGAGAAGAAGAGAAUUCUGCAGAGUCCGGAGUUUGAAAAGUUCUUUGAGCGGACGACGAAAGUGGUCGAGAGACUGCUAGGCCAGGAAGAACUUUCUGGCGACCCCUUCGUGGAUUAUUCCGGCGUGCAGAGAACGAGCGACGCCUCUGACGAGAAGAUUCAGCGCGUGGCGGCGUACAGCGUGCCGAAUCUGACCCCGGAGCGCCCAGUGUUGGAUUUGCGGGCCUCGCCGCACUUUGCCGAGGUCUUCCUCGCGUCCUACGGCGCGCCAGAGUUCGGCGGCGACGACGCGGGCGGCUGCGUGCUGCUGUGGAGUUUGAACAUGAACCAGAGGCCGGAAUACACCUUCACCUGCCAGUCGCAAGCGUGCACGGCAAUUUUCAAUCGCUUCCAGCCGUCGGUCAUACUCGGGGGAACGUACUCCGGCAGCAUCAUCGUCUGGGACACGCGCGCGCAAUCAAAGCCCGUCCAGCGGACGCCACUGAGCAAUCAGGGCCACGCGCAUCCGGUCUAUUCGAUGGAGCUCGUUGGAACGCAGAACGCCCACAACCUGAUUUCCGUGGAUACUGAUGGCCGCCUCUGCCUCUGGUCGCUGCAGAUGCUGGGCGCGCCUACGGAGACUCUGGAUUUGAAACGCGGCAACAAGGAGGUCUGCAUCGAGUGCCUCGCCUUCCCAGAUAACGAAGUGAACUCGCUGGUGCUCGGGUCCGAAGACGGAUGCAUUCUGCAAGCAAACAUCCACGGAAACAAACCGGGAGUGUCUGAAGCCUACGAAAGCCACGCCGGCGCCGUCACUUCCCUCAAAUUCCAUCCCGCAGCUGCGGAGGCGGGGCAACGUCACUACACAGAUCUGCUCCUCUCCACCUCCGUCGACUGGACUGUCAAGCUCUGGAGCUCGAAGCAGACGUUCGCGAAACCGCUUCACACAUUCGACGACUACGAGGUCUACGUCUACGACACAGCCUGGCACCCGACAAAUCCCUCCGUCUUUUCUUGCGUCGACGGCGAAGGCCACCUGGAUCUGUGGAAUCUUGCGAACGACUGGGAGACGCCGGCCUACCGUGUCUGUAAGGCGGAGAGUCGCCCACCCGUGGCGAAGAACAAGGUCGUCUGGAGCGGCGACGGCAGGCGCAUGAUGACGGGCGAUGCCAAGGGCAACGUGGAGGUCUGGUCCGUCGCGAGUGAAUUCCUUCAGCCGCGCGGCGAUGAAUUGGCUCAGUUCGACCGACGCAUCGAGGAGGCGAAACCAGACAAUGUUCCUUUGAACUCCGAAGUCGCCAACGACAUUGCAAUGGAGUUCAACGAGUAA